AUGUCGGACAUUAAGACUUGGGUGUUCUGUUGAGCCGUCCUCACCGAGUCUCUGGGAAUGAUCAUCUAUUACGUCUUUACCGGCCUCUCGUCUGUGAUAGGGGACAGGAAUAAUCUGUCCCUUGACCAGGAGCUGAAAGUGGCGUUUGCCUUUGGCCUGGCCAUUGCCGCUCUAGCACAGUGUAUAGGUCACAUUAGCGGCGCCCACCUGAAUCCUGCUGACACCCUGGGCUUCCUGGUCAGCAGUCAGACGAGUGUCCUCAGGGCCUUUUUCUACGUGAUAGCUCAAGUUCUGGGAGCAGUGGCUGGCAGAGCUAUUAUGUACGGUAUCGGGCCGGGAACCGCAGAUUUCCUCGGUGUUAACAAGCUAAAUGCCGUCACCCCAAGUCAAGGCUUGACCCUUGAAUUCCUGCUCACGCUCCAGCUGGUCCUGUGCCUGCUUGCAGUCAGCGACCAAAGACGCAGCGUUGGGCUGGGACACUUCCCCGGGGUCCGCUACACAGGAUGCGGUAUGAAUCCAGCUCGAUCCUUUGGGCCGGCGGCUAUAAUGCAGUCUUUUGAUGAUCAUUGGGUAUUCUGGGUGGGACCGAUGAGUGCUGGUGUGGUGGCAGCUCUUCUGUACAAUCAUCUCCUGACCCCCAGAGUCGAGGCCUCCAGUGAGAACACAAGAGACCUGUUCAGCAUCAGCUCCUCGGCGGACACAGACACUCAGGAGCCGCUCCUGGACAACGUUGAGGAUGUGAUAUGGUCCAAGAGGCCAGCUGAAGUGUGAAGUGGACUUUCUUCCCGUGUGCUGCUUAUC